GUAACCUUAAACAUGACAACAACACAGAAAGCAAAGCCCCUUUAGCUCGUAUUUGCACUCACUAAGACCUUAUGUUAACAAAACAGACAGCAGAGCCCCUUUAGCUGGUAUUUAUACUCUCUAAGACCUUCACAAAAAGUGUCUGUAUGGAUAAAGCUGUGGACCAAAGGUGACAGCAGGGCGUUUGACAGCUGACAGAGCAGAGUAAAAACUGUGAAAAUAACAAGCUCCAAAUGAGUUUACCUGCAGUGACAGCACAGAAAUCAGACGGCAACAACAACAACAGUGAGAUGCAAUCAGCUGCAGUGGCUCCCUCCUUCAUCCCCAGCCAGGCGGGGAAGAUACCGGGCAGGAAGAGAGGGAGACCCCCGCUCCGCAAUGUCGCCAAGAUGGAUUUUCCAAACCGCUACCCCGAGUCCCUCCCUCCGCUCAAAGUGCCAAAGAAGAGGGGGAGAAAGCCAGGCUUCAAGCUCAAACCAAGGAUGGUGAUGACACCAUUGGCUAUAUCUCCACCCAGCAGCACCCCUGAGCCCGAUAUGAGCUCCAUUCCUCAGGAUGCAGCCACCAUCCCCCACUCUGCCACGCCCCAGGUGCUCACAGUCUGUAUCUACAUCAACAAGCAGGCCAACACAGGCCCCAACCUGGACAGGAAGAAGAUCCAGCAGCUUCCCGAUCACUUCGGACCCGAUCGGCCCUCUGUGGUUCUCCAGCAGGCCGUCCAAGGCUGCAUCGACAGCGCCUUCCAGCAGAAAACAGUCUUCACCCUCCUCACGCAAGGCUACGGGGGAGAAAAAAUAUCAGCCACAUUUGAUGGGAAGCAGCACCUUCUCAGCCUCCCUGUGGUGAACAGCAUCGACUAUGUGCUCCGCUUUCUGAAGAAACUCUGUCGCAGCUUGCACUGUGAAAACCUCUUCAGUGAUCAGCCCAUUACCCAGCACAGUGGUGGCUCCUACCAGUCAGAUGCUGAAACAGAAGACUACCAAUUAGAUCAGUCUGACGGUAAACGCUACUCUGUGGAUCCCGGCGAUUCUGCUUUCAGCUCAAUCGGCUCGUCGUACUCACCAAAGUCCUCCUACGGGUUUCGUUCACAGCAGCAGUUCUCCAAUGGCUCGGCCUCCAUGAGCAUGUGCCGGCAGUCGUCCAACAGCCCAAACACAUUUCCAGAAAGCAACCGGACAGGAGGUUAUAGUGCAUCUUCAGAGCUCCAGGAGUCCAAAGCGCCACCCAAUAAAGACCCCUCCACCUGGUCUGUGGAAGAUGUUGUCUGGUUCAUCAGGGAUGCAGACCCCCAUGCUCUCGGCCCCCAUGCAGACAUCUUUAGGAAACAUGAGAUCGAUGGAAACGCCUUGUUACUCCUGAAGAGCGACAUGAUCAUGAAGUACCUUGGACUGAAACUUGGGCCGGCAUUGAAGCUUUGCUACCACAUUGACAAACUAAAGCAGACUAAGUUCUGAAAACUUUUUGUCCUCUUCAAUCUAACGGUACUUUCCGAAAGGGUUCAAUCUUGGACUCCAUGUGUGUGAGCCAGUGCAAAGAGACUAGAGUCUGUUAGCAUGAGGUGCAUAUCUUUAUGGUAAGAAUCAUCGCUUUCUUUAAGCUGCAAAAGUAUAAAAGAAAACAAAGAGUUUGACAGUUAAUUUAACUAAUUUAUGUGUGAAAUGCAAGGGUAACAGUUCAGUGUGAAAUAGCACAUUUCUUAAGGUAAAUUUGCAUCAUAUUCUUUUACAGAUAAACCUAAGUAAACCUCUUUAUGUUAACCUGCAAUCAUUUUGGCCGCAUGCCCAGAAUUACAUAUCAUAACACUAUUUUUUUAUUUACACAUGCAGCGGUUUAGUUGAAACAUUAUCAUUCAUUUGGAGUCAUUUUUGUGUCCUAUUGAUGAAUGUAACUGCGAUAUUAACCCUCUUUAAGCUCCAUUUGGUCUUCUGAGGGGAAAUAUCAGACUUUAGGUGCUUAAUAAUCGUCAAACGUAGAACCCGCUAGUUUCUUACUGUGUUGGUAUCUUACUAGAUUUUUAGGCUAUUAAAAACAAGGUGGUGAGAGUCAGAUAGAAAACUUCUCUUGAAACUCGCUCUAAAGCUCCGAGAAUGGAGCUGCAGAAUCAGGUGAUAACUGUAUGACUAUAAAAAUAUCCAUUCUAGCUACUUUAAACUGCGGAACAAAAGACACUGUAAUGGAGUCAGCCACCUCAUUCAUGCAACCAAACUGCAUUCAAUCUUUUCCCAUUGCCUCACAAACCUGGAGUCCGAAGUUCAACCCUCUUGGUACACUUUUCUGAAGAUUUCUGUGAUGUCAUGAAGUGAUAACAAAACUCUCUUUUUCUCUUCUCUUACAUGCUCACUCUACUUUUUGGCACAGAUUUUAAACAAAAGAAACAUCAGAUUGUAGACAGCAUCCUACACAUACAUGUUAACAUCAUGUAAUACGUAAAAGGCCAGUGUCAGAAGAUUUUUUUGUCUCACAAACCUUUGUGAGCAGCACAUACGUCUGCUACAUGCAGAUUUCCAAUUAUAUACAUCAUCAUCUGACCAGAAAUGUAUAACAGAAAACACUUUAUACCUUAAGAAACACUCACUUUGUCAAUGCUCAGCAUAAGAUCUUGUUUACUCGUGUUUACCAAGCUGAAAACAUAUCUAUACCUGUACUGAAAUAUGGUGCAUAAACUACAGCAUUGCUUUUUAAUUAAAAGAUUUAGAAAUCAUUUUGAUACUAUUUUUCACAUUACUGUGUAACAAAAAAAAGUAAUGUUCCCAUUGGAUUUUUCAUUCUUUUUUAUUAUAAUUUUAAUAUUUAAAAACAAUAUAACCUAAAGAAAACAUAGUCUACAUAGACAGGCAGUCGCUCUCUUCUUACGAUAUAUAAAGCAAAAGAGAGUAUUGUGAACGUUAACAAUAUACUAAUGUUUCAAUAUGCAAGAUUAAUAAAUGCCCAUUAUCUCCAGAGGCUCUUCAUGUAUAUUCAAACAAACAUGUCUUUUUAAUUGAUGUUUUUAUGUUUUUAUCAGUGUUAAAACAGAAAUUCUCAAAACACAAAACACCUAAAUGUUACAUGAAGAAAACCCGAACCGUAAUGUAAAUGGGUAUAUAAUAUAAAACUGCUUUUGUAUACCACUUUAGGUGUACAGUAUGCAUCCUUUUUUAAUCAAUUAACCUUUGUAAGUGAAUGCUGCUGUUAAGAUACAUGUAAGCCAUGCCUAGUGAGAUCAAGCUACGGUGUUUUAUUUUGAAUAUCACUAUGAAUAAGAGUUUUAGAGACAGCUGAGCCAAUCAGUCCUCUAUGCUGGUGCUAAAGUUAUCUAUGUAUUCAACUGUUUGCCUUUGUGUUUGUGAAAUGUAAAGGAUAUGUGUAUACUGUACUGUAUGUGAGCAUUAAAUUAAGAAAUCAAGUAAUCAGA